AUGGCGCCUCAAUUGUCGCAGACACAGAGAGAGCACAUCAUAGCGCUGAGAUCCAGUGGGUGUCGCGUGACAGACAUAUGUCGCCUCACUGGUAUUACGAUCGAGCUAGAUGCUCAUACCUACCUUGUUCUCGCUGCAGAAAAAACUAUCUACCUCUGGCUCCGUCGCUGGGAGGAGGGAGGAACACUGGAAGGUCACCGCCGGCAUAUGUACCCGAGAGCCACCACCGCUGAAGAUGACGAGGCCAUCGUGGCUGCACACUCUGCAGACCCGAGCCUCAGCACGAGGGUAUCCUCCAAAUCGUACAAAAUAUCAAUGGACACAGUAAGGAGACGUCUUAAAGAAGCAGCAAAGAAACGCAGUCGUCCUGCCAGGAAGAACAACACCAAAGCCGAUAAGGAACCAAGAGUCAAAAUUGAAUCAGCGAAUGAAACGCGGCAGGUAUGUCCGAGCUGUCAUGCGACGCUUCCUGACUCCUUUCAAGCUACUCAGUCUAGACACGAGCAAAUAAAAUCAGUGAUAGCGAAGGUAUACCACUUCUUGGAGCGCGAGUACGAACAGUUGAAGAGCUUGCACCCGGAGACGGACUGGUCUCCGCUGAGCAGGGUCAGGCAGCGCGCGGCCGUCGCCACCGGCGUCUCGGAGCCCGACGUGCGAGACAUACUUAGCGAAGAGUCUGUUGGGCUUCUCACCGAACAAAAACCACCCAAUAAACGAGCUAGGAAAGGAACUACUGAGGAAAGUUCAUCUGACAAUGAUGAUGAUGAUGAUGGAACAAGCAAUGAUGAUGACGACAGUGACAAACAAACUGAAGGUGUAUGUGUUCCACUUCAAGAUUUUGGCCCAGAAACGCGUACUAGCCUAGAACCAGAAGAUAGCGCAAAUAAUACUGUACCGGAAACCGUGUGUAUAAAGCAAGAACCCCCAGAUGAACCCCACAGUCCAGAUAUCAAAGACCCGCUAAUGAUAGAAGUGAAACUGGAAGAAAUAACUAUAGAAAAUGAGGGGAUUAGUUAA